UUUGAAUUGAUUCAAAGAGUCGGAGCUUUGGAUUCGACUCUCAACUCCCAAUGCAUGGGAACCGAAAAAUCGGCUCUUUUUUUUUUUUUUUAAUUCAUCUGCCAGCUGCAGUUUAACCGUGAAUUUGCAAGUUAAAAUGAAGAAAACGGUUGUCAACCUCGAUAAACUAAUUCAAGAUUUCAGUCUUCUGGAGCAAAAAAUAACAGAGCUAAGGGGGAAGAACAACAUCCUUGAAAUAAAAUUGGACGAGUCCAGUAGACUUCUAAAAUUGUCACAAAGCAAGGAAAAACAUUUAACUGAAAAGAAAGAUGGAUUGUUGGGAAGCGUUAAAUGUCUUCAGCACAACUUGGAACAACAGUGUAACCUUCGAGAUGAAAACGAGAAGCUGAAAAAUGUCAUCAUUGAGCUGAAGAAGCAAAAUGAAGAACGAGUGGAGGAGAGCAGAGCUUGUGUUCAGAGGCUACAGUGUGAGAUGAGAGCUUUGCAAGAGCAACACCAGAGGGAGCUGGAAGACUGUGCUGCAGAUACAAAGAGGAAAUUGGAGGUUAAAGAUGUUGAAAUGAAAGUGGCUCUGGACAGAGAGGAACAUGCGAUGGAAGCGAUGAAACGAAAAAUGAAGGACCAGGAGAAAGAAAAGCAAAGUGAAGUUAUAAAGCUGCAAAUGGAGUUCAGCGCUAAGCUUGCAAGGGCUCAGAGUAUGUCAGUGAAGCACCAACUACAGCCACAAGCAUCUUGGAUCAUUCCUCAACACAUCUUUAAAAGAAAGCUGCAGUUCUUUCAGGAGGAGAAGAACAAAGAGAUUGAGGCUCUGCGUCAGAGAGUUAAAGAGCUGGAGCAGCAGAUCCUGUGCGCCUUCUCCGAGGCCCGUCUGAAGAGGAGAAAGAUCUGAAUGACAGUUUCACCUACUGUAAUGUAACCAGUGUGGUGUCAA